UCAACAGUAAAACUCAACAACUUUUCAGCCACCCUCAUUAUUUUACUUUACCACCAAAUAUUACUUUUUACUUGUCACCAUUUGUUUAUUCAACUAAUUGUUUAUGUAGAAUUUUACUAGUAAAAGGAACGAAAUCAAUGCUACAACAAAACACUUGAAAGGUCCCAUUUUUAUUCUUGAAUCUGAGUAUCUUAUUAAUAUCAUCUCAUUACCCUUCUGUUUAUGUUUUCUCUGCUCUGUCUCUUCAAUGUAACCCUUUCUUUGUCUCACUGUCUUCAUAUGUAAAAAGCCUUAGCCCACACACCAUCCUUUGUUUGCUUAUUUAUUUCGUUCACUGUUGCUCACAUUCCAUAUCUAUAAAUUCUGAUCAGGGUCAGGCUAUUUAUUACUAAUAGCCUAGUCUGAGGUUUUUGGGAUACACAUAAUCCUGUCUUUUUAAUUUUUUUCCCUUUAAAGUUUCAGCCCCACCCUUUUUCGCAAGGCAUAAGAAAAACACUAGUAGCAGUCACAUUCACAUUCUAGGUGAAGCAAGCUCUUUAUUUUGAUUUAAGAAACCAAAAAUGGACGAAUAUUGGAAGAGAAGUGGCCAAAUACCAGCUUUUGGUAACUGGGAUUUCCAGAACGAGUUGCCAAUAACUCGGUAUUUUGAAACUGCAAGACAAGCUGGUUUGAUUCAUCAUCCUUCUUCAUAUGGUGAAGCUGAUCCAUACGUGCGUUGUGAACACGAUCUUUACGCUGUUGAUUUCAAGAAGGCAACGAGAAUAAGAGACAGAAGGUAUACGAAUAGUAAGGUAAAAGAAACAAGACUGAGAAAACAUGGGAAAGUGUGCGAUGUAACGGAGUAUCCAAAUAAACCACUGAACAAGAAGAAGGUAAACGACGUCGUUCACAGUGCUCGUCCGUUACCUUCAAAACCAGUUGAUGAAGAUCUCUACAAGAUUUCUCCUCAACUUCUUCGCACAACCAAGCGGAAGAAAAUGUUGGGUUUCAUUUCCAACUGCCUGCUGCCUACUGCUUGCUUUUCAUGACUCACAAUGUCUUAAUCACAACAAUUCAAGGAAUUUUUUUUUGGUCAAGGAGACAUUUUUUUUGAUACAAUAUUUAAUGUUAUUUUUAUUUUUAAUUUGUUACUAUAAAGUAAAUUUAAAUUAGGAAUGGAGUACCAUGACCGACACAAAUUCUAGAGUCAUGGAUGUUAGUACUGUAAAGGUGCUGGUUGGCCUAUGUUGUGCUGUUUUCUUAUGCACUCUCAUGCGGAAUCACUUUAUUGUAUGUUAAUGCUAUCUUAAAUUUUAUUUAUGGCUCUUAAUUUCUUUUAUUCA